AUGACUCUCCCAUCCCAAAACAUUCCACCCCAAAGCUCAAGUAGCAAAAAUAAGACCCAAAGAACACCAAAGAAGAAGAAUGAAGCAAUUCCCACUACUUUACCCAAGAGAAUCGUCGACUUGACUAUAAAAAGGGAACAUAAGCCAGUUUCAGAAGUCGCACCCAUGUUUGGCCUUCCUAGAUCUACUGUAGACAGCAUAAAGGACAGUUACAGAGAAAAUGGAGAGGUCGUAGUCAAGCAAAGAGGUGAAGAACAUUCGGAAUAUCUUAUCGAGAUUCUUGGCGAAGACUGCACAUUGACUCUUGAGUUGAUGAGAGAGAAGCUAUAUGAACGCUUCAGCGAUCUACAGGAAAAAGGGAUAAAGUUCAGUGGACUCUACCAACAGAGCAUGAAGAAUAUUGGGUUAACGUUGAAGAUAACUAAAGAUGUAGAGGAGAGGAGAAACGACCCGGAUGCGAUCGAAGGAAGAAGAAAAAUUGUGGAGUCUCUUCCAGGACUUGGAGUUGCAUAUGUAGCCAAUUGUAUAUUUGUUGAUGAAACCGGAUUAUAUGCUUAUAUCAUUCGCCAACAAGGAUGA